AUGAUUGGUAUCCAAUUAAAAGAAAUAGUUCUACUUAGCUUGAUCUUAAAUAUUUUGAUUAUACCAAUGAUGUGUGAAAUGGUAGAGCAUUCAGAAGAUAUUACAGGGUUCUCAAGAUCUAGAAAGUCACGUACUUCUCUUGAAGUUGAAGAUGGUGAUGACAGACAGCGUCAUGAGUAUGCAACAUGUUCCUCAGUAUCCUGUAAUUUAUCAUCUACAUGUACAAAUCACAGUCUAAAGUGUAGUGAUUGUGGUCUUGAUGGUUAUUGCAAAAGUUAA